AUGAAAGAAACAUAAAACUACACGAUAAUAAUGAUAAUAAUAAUAAUAAUAAUAAUAAUAAUAAUAAUAACAAUUUGAAUAAUAAUUUGGUAAAGAAUAUGAACAACAUUGAAGAAUUUUAUAAUAAUAAUAAUAAUUAUGAUAACAACACUAACGAUGGUGUAGAUGCUUUAUAUUUAAGAUCUGUUGAUGAUGGUGAAGAUAAACAAAGAAUUGUUCUUACAGAUGGAAAUAAUGUAUAUGUUUUAGAAGAAAUUACACAAAAUGAUAAUAACAACUCAACAAUUAAUAAGGAUGAAAAUAAUAUUAAUAAAAUUACAAGUGUUGAACAAGAAAUUAAAAUGCAUGUACCAUCAGAGCAAAAUUAUAAUGAUGACAAUGUAUUAGAAAGUUUUAUGGACUAUAUGAAUUUAGAAGAUUCACUUUUAAAUAAUAUUGAUGAUGUAACGAAUGUACAAACUAAUAGAGAAACAAAUAUACGUCCACACAAUAAUACAAACGAUGAACAAAAUAAAAAUCAAUCCUUUCUUGAUGAUAAUAUAUUUAAUCUAAGUGAAGAAGAAUUAUCCAAAAAAAUUUUUGAUGACAUCAAAUUAAACAGUGAAGAUAAAAUCGAAUGUCAUCAUUUUUCAGAUAAUGAAGAUAAAUGUAAUAGUUUUAAAAAAUGUACAUAUGUAAAUAUUGAUAAUAAGGAUACAUGUUUCCUUGAUUACAAUUAUAUGCUCUUCUUAAAAAAUAAUAACUGUGCCUUACAAUCAAAAUCAUCUUUGUUGUCUAUAUCGAAAGAUUUAUUAAAGAAUGAUAUUAUAAGCAGACAAAUGUUUCAACUAUUAAGGAAUAGUAAUAACAACAAUUUCAUUUGUGAUACUGUUACUUAUUCUUUUUUAACGAAUGUAGUUGACAAUACAAAUUAUGAAGAAAUAUUUUCAUAA